UUGGACAGAUCAGUGUCCGUCCUGUGAUUGGACAGAUCAGUGUCCGUCCUGUGAUUGGUGGCUUCCUGUCCAGCAGGAAGUUGUGAACAGAGUUUAAAAGCUGCUGCAGGACUGCAGACAUUCACAGGAAGCUGGACCAGCAAUGGCUCUGCUGAAGGUUCUGCUGCUGCUGGGGCUGGGUGUUUCAGUGAACUCAGGUGUUUCUCUGCAGAAGAGAAUCAUUAGAGGUCAUGACUGUGAUGACAAGGAGCGUCUUUAUCAUGUUCGGCUGACGGGCACCAACGGUACUGCCACGAUCCUGUGUGGCGGAUCUCUGAUCCGCCCAGAGUGGAUCCUGACUGCAGCUCACUGCUGGGAGUUGGAGGCAGGGUGGACCUUUACAGCAAUGUUAGGAGUUCAUCCGUGGACGGCUAAACAGGAGGAUCAGAUAAUCCAACACAGUCCAGUGAUUUAUGUUAAAGACGGUCAGCUGCAUGACAUCAUGUUGCUGAAGCUUCAGAGGCCAGUAAGAAAUAUCCCACCCUCUCUGCUACCACCAUGCAGCAACCGUCUUAAAGAUGGUGAUACAGUUCAGCUGGCAGGAGAGGGAGCAACGACAACCGGUCCCAGUAAUGAGCGAUUACCCUAUGCUACUGCUUCAGCACAUCUUCAGUGUGUGGAGAUGAACGUUGCUGCUGCUUCCUACUUCGAUCCGACACGUGACUUUAACCAUGCCUCAUUGGACAAAACUCUACACAACUUCCAGCAGUAUGUUGACUGUCCCACCAGGGAAAACAAAAUGCUGGAUCUCCUGUAUGCUAUUGCCAAAGAUGCAUACAGCGCCACAGCCCUGCCCCCCCUUGGCAGGUCGGACCACAUCUUGGAUGGUGGGGAGGUGGACACAGGAGGCAGCUGA